GCGUGAAUAUUGCCUGACGCCAUGUUUGACCAAUAGAGCCGAAGGAGCCUUAUUAUUUCUCGUGUGUGCGACGUGUGUCUGCACCUUGCGUAGGUGGCAACUUGUCUGGGUUGCAGCUGCUCGAAAGCUACGUUAUUAGCGGUAUAAAAGGGGGCUCGUAUCGCCCCUACAAACUACUAUCUUCAUUUGAGCUUUCUGAUUCGGUUGUGCCCAUACCCUGAAGAGCUAGAGAGUUACCAUGAAGGCAUUUCUUGUCUGUGUCCUGCUCACCACGGUCGCCGCUGUGAGCUUUGCUCACCAUUUCGAGCUCUGUGAUAAACAAGACGAACCGCUGAAAAAUGAACUCCAAUGCAUUGGACUCCACAUCUCACAAGGGGCGAACCGAAGAUUUGAUAGGACGUUGAAAGCUCUCGGCUGCCAGGACAGGCGCUGUGUCAUCCGGAAGCUGUGCGUUGGAAACGACCUGGAAGCAGCCAUGGCCACCUAUUUCACGAAACAUCAAAUCACGGAGAUUCACAACGCGGCCACAACCUGCAAUCCAGAGGCUGGGCCCCACCACCACUGAAAGAAUUUCACUCCAAACGAAUUCAAGAAAGGAGUCUUCAUUGGGCUGACAGUUCCUACGGCUGCCACAAGAGCUAUCGCGGGACUCCAGGAAGCUUCAUGUGUUGGCACAACUUUCGAUCUAAUCAUGAUGAAGACAAAUAAACAGAUGUUUUCUUAAAGCCACGUGAUUUUUUUAUUUCUUUUG